AUGGGGGGAUCCCAUUUUUGCAACAAGUAUUUUGCAUCUGCAUUGAGAAAAUAUAGAGUGAAACACAAAGUGGCAACUCCGUAUCAUCCCCAAACGAGCGGCCAAGUUGAAGUGUCGAAUCAGGAGAUUAAGAGUAUCCUAGCCAAGAUGGUGAAUGCAAAUAGGACUGAUUGGUCUCGAAAGCUUGAUGAUGCUCUGUGGGCGUAUCGCACUGCAUACAAAACACCAAUUGGUAUGUCGUCGUAUCAGCUAGUCUUCGAAACAUCUUGCCAUUUACUGAUUGAAUUGGAACACAAAACAUUAUGGGCAUUGAAAGCUCUAAAUCUGGACUGGACAAAGAAUUUAAAAGAGAGAGUGGAUCAACUGAAUGAGUUGGACGAAUUCAGGUUGUUUCCAGGAAAACUCAAAUCCAAUUGGUCAGGUCCAUUCAGAGUAACAUGGGUGUUCAGAAAUGGUGCCAUUGAAAUCGAAGGUAAAGAAGGACCUACAUUCAAAGUGAAUGGGCAACGCUUAAAAUUGUAUUUUGGUGAAUGCCAAGAGAUUUCUCUUAUUGAAGUGGUGUAUCUGGAAGAUGCUUGA